AUGCCUGAAUAUUGUUCAUCAGCUGCAGUGAUGGUAUCCAGUGAAGUUUGGCAUCGACGUCUCGGUCAUGUCAACAGCCAGUAUUUGAACAAGAUAAAAGAUGCUAAAUUAAAGUGGGACAGAAAGUCGGAAAAAUGUAUUCUUGUCGGCUAUUCCAAUAAUGUCAAGGGGUACAGGAUUUACAAUCCGAAAUCUAAUGCCAUCACCACCAGUCGAGAUGUUAUGGUGUUAGAGAAGAUAGAGAUAGAGAAUGUUCUGGAGGUACAGAAAGAUUGUUCAGAUGAGGAAGAUUCACCUGAACAAUCAGAAAGCUUGAACACAGAUGAUAGUGGUGAACUGUAUGUACCUAGUAAAAGUGAUACAUUAGAUAGCUCUAAGUCUGAUACAACAGACAGAGAAGACUCCAUUAUACUCAACAAUGUCAACAUAACAAAUGGUCCUCGGCGUAGGCGGCAUCCAGACAGAUAUGGUUUUGCAAGUGAUUGUAUAUAA